AUGGGUCAGAGAGGGAGAGAGGGAGAAGAUGAAGGAGAAGAAGAAAAUAAGCUGCAUUGGGUGGGAGUUCUGGCGUUGCGCUUCGGUAGCUGCUUCAAGCUCUGCUACAGUCGGAACCAGCUUGUCAUGUCGACUCUUUCGUCCUCUGACGACGAGGAGCAUUGUUCCCAAACCAUUGACAUAUUCCUCAAACCGCUGGCCAUCGACGAUGCUACGCUUUAUGAGCUUUCGUACCGCCUGUCGAAGGUCUACCGUACCCUUGCUUUGACGGGAGAUGGUCAUUUCUUCCCUACCCCCGUAACCAGGUUGCCCAGCGGCAGAGAGAUGGGCGUCUACCUUGCCGUCGAUGUCGGGGUGACCAACCUAACAGUCGCAUUUAUUGAGCUGCUAGGCUGCUCGUCAGCUCAUCCUCUCUCACACAGUGAUAGAACCGUCUCUCAGGCGGUAUCAGAUCGAAGGGUGCGAAGGACGAUCGAGAAGGCAUGGCGAAUCGAAGAGCGCCUGAAGGAGGAUAAGGAAGAAGCUCUCUUUAGCUGGAUAGGGAGCUGCAUAGCUGAAGUCGUCGCGGAUGAGCUUAUAUCUCAUUCUUCGAGCACUCAGUCUCUUCCUCGUGAAAUAGAGACUGGUAUCUCAUUCAGCCUGCCUAUCAGACAAACUUCGCUGGACGAAGCAACACUUAUGCCAAUUGGCAAAGGGUUUACUAUCAAAUCGGACCUUGACCUUCGCAGAGCUGUGCUGGAUGGCUAUGAGCGUCACUCUCGGCGACAGUACAGGGGAGUACAGCAACCGCAUACCAAACGACGCAAGACGUAUUCUCUGCCAGACCUCAACAUCGUCGCCAUCACGAACGACACUGUCGCAACUCUGGUCUCGCUUGCCUACUCGGUCAAGUCGCUGCCCAACACCAGAGUUGCCAUGGGCAUCGUCGUUGGCACAGGCUGCAAUGCUACCAUCCCAAUGAAAUUGCAGGAUCUCCAUCAAACAAAAGCCCGCCAGAUACACUCAUAUAGCCCAGAGGCAACCGAGGGAGUUAUCAGCACCGAGUGGACGCUCCAGGGGACCGAAGGGCCCUUAAAGGAGCUGGCAAUAGACACGAAAUGGGAUGAUCAGUUAAACGCCAAUUCCGUCAAGCCUGGCUUCCAGCCGUUUGAAUAUAUGACCGGUGGCAGAUACAUUGGAGAACUCAUCCGUAUCAUCGUCUACGACUACUUUACAACCGUUCUGUCCUACUCCUCCGCUGUCCUUCCUUGUGCUCUCACCAAACCUUACGCCCUAACAACUGACUUUGUCUCCGAUGUUAUCGCCAGCUCUCGAUCAGACUGCGAACUUGCUGCUCGACUGACUCGCAAACUCGUUUCUCCCGUCAAGGAUAUAUGGGUUUGGACGCCAACCUCAGCUUGUAUCUUACGGCUCACUGCUGCAGCCGUACAGACUCGUUCCGCUGCCUUAAUAGCAGCAGCCUCCGUGGCCCUGCUGGCCUGCAACCACGAAAUCCGGCUUGAGUGCCCGCAAAGAUGUACAUCGUUAUCUAAGCUGCAAUCUAUCGCUGCGCCAUAUCAGAACCCGCUGCUGCUGCCGAUGUUCAGUUCGUCUACAAACUGGCAGCGAGGGCCCGAAGAACUCGUCGUGGCGUACACUGGCGACAUCAUCCAACACUACCCCAACUUCAAAGCGUUAUGUCAGGGCUAUAUUGACCGCCUGGUAAUACGAGCUGGGCCUCAAGAAGGCGGUAAAAGUGUUCUCUUGCGAGAGGCAAGCGACGGAUCGAUCAUCGGAGCCGGUGUUCUGGCGGGAAUGAUAGCGAGUGCGUGA